AUUGACUCCAACAGCACCAAUACGCCACCAAUCAUUCGAUGGCAAAAAUUGAAAAGAAAAGGACCGAAGCCCAUCUCAACUCUUAACUGUUUCAACUUUUCAACGUAAUACAUUUUCUUCCUUUUUCUUUUUCUUUUGAUUUUAAUUUUUUUUUUUUUUACCCUCCCAAACCAUUUGAAAACCCCAAGACGGAGACCCCUCCUCCCCUCAGUCCUUGAUGAACUCAAACAUUGAUUCAUCAUAGACCCAAUCCCAUAUUUUUUAAUUACAAAAGCCCACAUUUUUUUUUUUCAUUUUUGUUUCUGGGUCUGCCUUUUUUAAUUUUUUUUGGAAGUUCUCUUCAUCUGUUCUCCGUUUUUCAUUCAUCCCCCUCCUUCGUUGUUUUCUCUGUGAAUAUCUAUUAUCUCAUCACUCACAGUUUUUCUUUUGAAAUUGAAAAGUGGGCAAUUUUCAAUUGCUCCAACCAAUCUCAGCUUCGAUUGUCUUGUGGGUUUUGUGUGUAUGUGAUGCGUUCUAUUUGGUGUCCUUGAAGCUACUAGAUCUGUUUGCUGCUGUGCCCGAUCCACUGCUUUGUUUCACUCCAGACAGUUUUGAGAAGGUCAGAUCAUUGUACUUUCCAAUUUUUAGUCGUUUAAGGUAGCUCUAUGUUUUGUUUAUAGUUUUAAUUGAUGAAAGACUGGGUUGAUUUUGCCCGCAAACUGAUAAACCCAAGGUGGGGUUUAUUUUAGCUGUUAUAGAAAACCUAUAUUUUGUGAUAAAAUUAGCUUCGGAUUCCAAUGCUUCAAGUCUGAGGAUUAGAUGAUGCAUAGUUACCGGAAGAAUCUCCAGGAGGUUGAAGGGAUUAUUGGGUUUUGGCGAUUUGGUCUGAGAUCAUUCCUUUUGUUCUUGCUUAUGGUGCAAAGCCGCAGAAACCCUCCAUUUCUAAUGUGUCCUAUUUGAUAAGGGUUUUUGAGUAAUGGGGAAUAGCACUUCUCGAGUUGUCGGGUGCUUUGUGCCCUUCAAUGGAAAAGGUGGUGUUGACUUAGACUUACUGGAGCCACUGGAUGAAGGACUAGGCCAUUCCUUCUGUUAUGUUAGACCCAUGAUUCUCGACUCUCCUGCUAUUACCCCAUCAAACUCUGAGAGGUUUACUGUUGAUUCGAGCACCCUUGAUUCAGAAACAUUGAGUGGUUCCUUUCGGCAUGAGAAUAUAGAUGAUCCCUCGGCUGUACACAGACCCAACAAGUGUUUCCCAGAAACCACAUUUAAAGCCAUUUCAGGGGCAUCGGUGAGUGCCAAUGUUUCUACGGCUCGAACUGGAAACUCCAAUGCAUUGUUUACAAGUGAUGCCCAAGAACCUGCUGCAUCAUUUGAAAGCACAUCCUCAUUUGCUGCAAUACCUUUGCAGCCAGUACCUCGUGGGUCUGGACCUCUGAAUGGAUUUAUGUCUGGUCCUCUCGAGAGAGGUUUUGCUUCAGGUCCUUUGGAGAGGGGAGGUGGUUUUAUGUCUGGGCCCAUUGAAAAAGGAGUAAUGUCGGGUCCUUUGGAUGCUACGGACAAAUCCAACUUCUCGGCACCGCUUGCACAUGGUCGUAGAAGGCCAGGCCUCCAGCGAUUGAUGAGGAGUGUGAGUGGGCCAAUGAAAAGCACCCUGUCCCGAACCUUCUCUAGACAUUCAAUUGGAUCCAGUUGGAUGCAACGGUUUUUCUUGCACCCAGUCACUCAAUUUGCAUGGCAUCCUAGGGAGCCAAAGUUCCGGCCGGAGGCUCCAAGAAACUGUCUUGAUGUGGGGCCAUCGGAAGGGGAGUAUAGGAAAACUCACAAUUUGCAAUGGGCUCAUGGCAAGGCUGGUGAGGAUAGGGUUCAUGUUGUGCUUUCUGAAGAACAAGGAUGGUUGUUUAUUGGAAUAUAUGAUGGUUUUAGUGGCCCAGAUGCACCGGAUUUUUUGAUGAGCCAUCUGUAUAAAGCUAUAGACAAAGAAUUGGAAGGACUGCUUUGGGAUUAUGAGGAAAAGUCUGUGAAUGAUCUGCUGAAUCUUGAACUCCCCAUGAAUAGGGAUGCUACAGUUGAUUCUGAAUGCGGAAAGGAUAACCAUCCGAUUUCCCAGUUAAAUGAAGUAAUUUCUGGUACUUUAGAAGAAUCAUGCAACCCAGGAACUAUCAGGGAUCACUGCUCUAACUGUGAGAUAGUUGAAGAAAAAGAUGGAGUGAGGGGGGUUCUUGAAUUGCAAUCUAGUUGUGGAAAGCCUGGUGUCUUGGGUGUAGAAUCCAUUGCUGCGCCAACUGCAAACUUAACUGGUCAAGGGAGGAAAAGCAAGCGACUUUAUGAACUACUUCAGAUGGAAUCAUGGGAUGGAGAAAGUUCACUUUCAGUUUCUGAGGGCGGAAACCAAAGAAGGGGUUCAUGGGAUUGGCAGCCAAGUUCAGAUGUUUUGCAUUCCAGGGGAAUUUUACAAGAAGAACAACUCAGGUCAUGCUCAGUGACCAGCCCAAAAGGAGAUAGUUCUAGCCAGUACUGUGAAGAUCCCACCACUUCAGGAGAAAAUGGCGGGGUCAGGAUGGAAUCUAAUAGCGUUCUAGCCCCUCUCUCUGUUUCAGAGCAAAGGCAGGGUAUGAGAAAGUCCCUUAUCAGUUCUAAGAUUCGAAAAAUGUACCGGAAACAGAAGUCCUUGCGUAAGAAACUGUUCCCUUGGAGUUAUGAUUGGCACAGGGAGGAGACUUGUGUUGAUGAUAGGAUGGCUGAAACCUCGGGACCUGUCAGGAGAUGCAAAUCAGGAGUUAUUGAUCAUGAUGCAGUCUUGAGGGCAAUGGCUCGAGCACUUGAAACCACUGAGGAGGCUUACAUGGAAAUGGUGGAAAAAGCUCUUGACAAAAACCCAGAGCUUGCUUUGAUGGGUUCUUGUGUUUUAGUGAUGUUAAUGAAGGAUCAAGAUGUGUAUGUCAUGAACCUUGGGGAUAGCCGUGUGAUCCUGGCACAGGAGAGGCCAAAUGAUCGCCACCCUAACCCAAAUCUUGCAAAGGAUGAUGUGAGGCAUCGGAAUAGGUCCCGAGAGUCACUUGUACGCAUGGAACUGGAUAGAAUAUCUGAGGAGUCUCCUAUGCAUAACCAGAACUGUCAAGUUAACAAGGCAAAUAAGAACAGAGAGAUCUCCUUUUGCAGAUUAAAAAUGAGGGCGGUUCAGCUUUCCACUGAUCACAGCACAAGUAUUGAAGAGGAAGUAUUGAGGAUAAAAGCAGAACAUGUUGAUGACAAUCAAGCCAUUUUGAAUGAUAGAGUGAAAGGGCAGUUAAAAGUCACCAGAGCAUUUGGUGCAGGGUUUCUUAAGGAGCCAAAAUGCAAUGAAGCUCUUCUGGAGAUGUUUCAGAUUGAUUAUGUGGGAACCACUCCAUAUGUCAGUUGCAUCCCUUCAGUCCUUCAUCACCGACUCUCUUCAAGUGAUCGAUUCUUGGUACUCUCCUCUGAUGGGCUUUACCAGUACUUCAGCAAUGAAGAGGUUGUUGCCCAUGUCACAUGGUUCAUGGAAAAUGUCCCAGAAGGUGAUCCUGCACAAUACCUCAUUGCGGAGCUUCUCUUUCGUGCUGCAAAAAAGAAUGGAAUGGAUUUCCAUGAAUUGCUUGAUAUUCCCCAUGGAGAUAGACGUAAAUAUCAUGACGACGUUUCUGUUAUGGUGGUUUCCCUUGAGGGAAGGAUCUGGAGAUCAUCAGGAUAGUUGUUUUCACAUUCACAUAUCCCCUCAACAAUGUAACAAUUUUCAAUGAGUAAAUCAUCUAUGUUUUUCAGAAUCACAGUUUUUCUUUUCUUUGACAUUCUCUUUCUUCAAAUUGAAGUUCUUCCCCCUCCGCCCACCCCUCCUGUUCUAAUGAAGAAAUGGUCUAUGCAUUGCAACCUUA